AUGGCUAGCAUUGCGCAAGCAAUUACUGAAAUCGUGAGCCCAAAGCCCACGGCACUCAUUCCAGUGUCUAUAGGUUGUGAAGAAAUUGAGGUGGCAGCUCUUUGCGGUAUACUUGCUCGUGGUGGAGUGCGCGUGACAGUCGCAAAUGUUGGAGGAGAGCUUCACCAUGUUGUAAAGCUGGCCCAGGGCACUGGUGUGCAAGCGGAUAAGCCGAUCGAGUUUUGCGCUAACGAUUCGAGCAAAAGGGAGCAGGGAAGCUGUCCCAUGGCAAGUGAUCCAGUUGGCAAACUGGCUCUGGGUGCUUUGUACUCGAACGACAAAGUGGUGAUUGCUGAGAAUUGCGUUACAAGCGAAGGCCCUGCUACAGCGAUCGCUAUGGCAUUGGCACUCGUAGAGCUGCUGCGGGGUGAAAAAGUUGCAAUGAAUAUUGCCAAGGAUAUUGCGUUCAAGCCUAUCAAAAAGUGUUAA